UUUGGAUCAGGAGCUGCACCCCACUCUUUCAUCAGGUCGUACUGGUUCUGAGACCUUCCAGCCAGCUCCGCUCACCACAGUGUACAAGAAUGAGAUUUUUGCCUGUGCUUUUAUGCUUCAGCUGACACUUAACCACAUACACGUUUCCUUCAUUUUGUAUGAGCUUAGCACCUGCAGCUGUUUCCAGGAUGCGUUCCCCUUUGAUCCUCUCCAGCAAUCCCCUCUGGGACUCAUGUUCCAUAGCACCCAGUGAGGUGUUGCUGUGUUAACACGCAAUAAAUGUGUUCGUCUGCAAGUGAGAGGCAAAGGUCUUUGUUAAUGUAACUUAGACAAGAGAUGAGAGGAUUCUUCAGUGCCAGAGGAGUUAGAGUAUCUCAAAGAAAGAUGAGAGAAAGAGCAAAUGUUGAAAUAACAACUGAGUGUUAUACAGUAAUAUAAAAGUCUACACCAUGCUUGUAGUAUCUUACAGUGUAGGAGCACAGCUCUGGGACGUAUCAGCCUGGAGAAGAGAAGACAGGAAGAGGAUGGCAUCACUGUUGAUAAAUAUGUGAAAUGCAGGAGUCAAAUGGAUGGGGUGGGCUCUUUCCAGUGGUGCCCAGCAACAGGACAAGGGGCAACAGGUGCAGACAGGAACACAGGAAGUUCCAUACAAACAUGAGGAAAAUUUCCUUGCUGUGAGGGUGACAACAUUGGAACAGGCAGCCCAGAGGUUGUGGUGUCUCCUCUGAAGAUACUCAAGACUCACCAGGAUGCUUUCCUUUGUAACCUAUUCUAGAGGACCUGCUUUAGCAAGGGAUUGGACUGGAUAAUCCUCAGGGCUUCCUUCCAAGCCCUGUGAUUUUGUGAUUCUUUAAACCUGUACUAGUUUGAAGUGAGACCUCAGGCUUUCUCUUAGAUAUUUAUUAGUGCCAGCCAGUACUGCCAAGAUUGCAGUGGUGUCAUUUCCCUUGCUUUAACUGGAAGUUGUGAAAAACACUGAAUAUUUGUAUACAAACACCAACCUUAUGGCCAGAGUAAGAUUUUUGGUUCUUUGAAGAUUCUUUCAAUGAGUGACAAGGCAUCUUAAUGCAUUAUGAAACUUCUGGACUCACAUCAGCUGUCAGCUCGCAGUUUGAUAGCUCAUGCUGAAUACUUCAUGUGAACCCAUGGACUGUUGUGAUGCUGUGACCCAGGAGUUGAUGUGAGGGAUCAGUGUCUCUGACCUGUAUCAGAAGAGUGUUUUGGCAGGUGCUGCUGGCCCAGAAACCUGUACAAGACUUCAUUUAGAUUUAACACAAUUGUUAUGUUCGAGAGUUAAUGAUGUUUGGAUGAUUCAGACUUCGAAUGGGGCAGGUUUCAUCAUCAUCAUCAUCUUCAUCAUCAGAAGAUAAAUCAGCAGAUAGGUGUAUGCUGUGUGCCUUGGUAAGGCUCCUGUGGGAAAAGUGAGGAACAUCAGAGUUGAAAGUCAGUCUGAGAUGUUUGCAUGUGGAGUACGGAAUGUUUUCCCUCUACAUAGGUUCAAAUCAUGGAUUACCAGCCACGCUCUAGAAAAAAAGCCUGGCUUCUAAUAGAAUUUCUGUCAGCUCUCUUUGAGAAUCUGUUCUAGGAAAUUAGCGUGUCUGAAUGAAGUAGCACAGAUGGAAGAGAGGUGAGAGGGGAGAGAAGCUGAAGAGACUGGAGUGUAUUAUGGAGGACCUUCCAUAUGAUGUAGUAGAGCUGCCCUGCAUUCCUGUUUGCCAGUUCUUCUCUUUCAGGAGAGACCAAGUUUCUGUGGAAGUUUUCACUUAAGCAGUUUCACACAGACUACAGACUGAUACCUGUUCUCAAUAAGAAAAAAAAGACUUUUAUAAUUAUUUUUAUUCCUCAGUCUAUGGAGCUGUAUAAUAACAAUAACCUCUCAGUUGUUUUCAGGCUGGGAAUAGGAGGUAAAACUUUUUGUCCCUUAGCUUUAUGGACCAAAUUAUAGUCAUUUGAUGGAAGAACAAACCUUUUGGAAGCACUUGUUGCUCAGUCAUUAUUCUCCCAAAGCAUAACACAGUGCAAAUGGAAAAUGUUCAUUUGACUGCUUUGUCUGUCUGGAUCUGAGUCAUUUUGAGCAUUGGCAACGACUAUUUUGGUUUGGGAUAAAUUCUUAUCAUUCCUGUCUAAAGUUGUUAGUUUCCUAUUGGUUUUGAUUCUGGAGAUUACCUGCAUAGGUAGCAUCAAAAAUUCUUUGCUCACUUACUAUGCUUGAUUUCUCAUCAUUUGUUCACACAACUAGUUCUGAUUGUUCUUGCGGAUUUGCAAAAAUGAAAAGACUUCAGGCUCUGUUGGAUUUAUGGACUUAACUAUACUUGCAGAUUCACUGGUUUCUUUACCUCACCCCCACCCAAUCAUAUGGCACAGUUUCAGUGCUGGCUUCUGAAAAGUGUCUUUACUGUUUUACACUGAGAGCCUGAAGUCUGUAGGUAGGUGCUGCAUUGUCAUGUUUAACUCGAAACUUGUCUGGGUUGCAUUGCUGAAAGUUCUGUUUAAAACAUAAUAUUAAAUGCAGUACUGUCUCUUAUCUUGAGACUAGCCAAGCUGUCAGGGUUAGUUUGACUGAAGCAGCUGUUUGGUUUGGAUGUAUGCAAGUUGUUGCAUGCACGAAUGUCCAGCUGUUGAAAUAUUAAACUUGAUGCUUUUUAUAAAGGAUGGUGGAAGGGAAGGAAAGUAAAUCCCCCUUCCUGCUUCAAUAAAUAACCAGACAAGUAACGUUUGGUUGACAUUUUCCUUUCUUAUAACAUGUUGAGUAAUUGUUUUACUUUUUCCCCUUGAGAUAUUUCUCAGCUGCAUGUAAGAAAGAAUCCUGUCCAUGGUUUCCCAUCAGUGCAUUUACCUCUUUGUUCUACAACAUGGGAGUUAGGGGGUGGUAAUAAACUUGUGUUUUCAGUUGCUCUUGUUCUUCCUAGCAUACUGCAGAAGGGCCUUGAGUUAAGAGUUGGCUCUUCUUUUGAGGCACUAAUUUUUCCAAUUAUUUGGUUUUGUAUUUGACUGUUUCUCUUAGAGAACAUUUUGUUACCUGCUCAGUUUGUAACUGGCUAGAAUGUUCCAAAGUCAGUGGUCUAGAGCCUUGGGUGAGAAGUUUGGGUCAUGCUUUUAAGUCACCACCACUGCUCUUAGGGGCAAAAAAUCUUUAGAACUUGGAGUCCUGCCUUUCCCAUGUGGAGAGCACAAGAACCUUGAUGAGAAUCCUACCAGAAUGCAAUUCUGCUUCUUGGAAAUUAAGAUGCAAUGGAUCAGCUCGAGCAGAGGGUCAAUGAAUUUUUUAUGAACGCAAAGAAAAACAAACCUGAAUGGAGAGAAGAACAGAUGACAUCAAUCAAAAAAGAUUAUUACAAGGCUUUGGAAGAUGCAGAUGAGAAAGUACAGCUGGCUAAUCAAAUAUAUGAUUUGGUAGAUCGUCACUUGAGAAAACUGGAUCAGGAACUUGCAAAAUUUAAAAUGGAACUUGAAGCAGACAAUGCUGGAAUCACAGAAAUAUUAGAGAGACGAUCCUUGGAGCUGGAUACACCAUCUCAGCCUGUGAAUAAUCAUCACGCCCAUUCACACACUCCAGUAGAGAAAAGGAAACACAAUCCAUCGUCUCACCAUGGUGCAACAGAUCAUGUUCCCGAGAAGAAGUUUAAAUCUGAAGCUCUUCUAUCUACCCUUACUUCAGAUGCCUCUAAAGAAAAUACACCAGGUAGGUGUCGAAACAAUAAUUCAUCAUCCUCUUCAAACAAUGCAUACAAUACAAACUCUUCUCAACCAUUGGCAUCAUAUAACCUCGGCUCAUUAUCUUCAGGAUCUGGGGCCGGUGCUAUUACCAUGGCAGCAGCUCAAGCAGUGCAAGCCACAGCACAGAUGAAGGAAGGAAGAAGAACAUCCAGUUUAAAAGCCAGCUACGAAGCAUUUAAGAACAAUGAUUUUCAACUUGGAAGAGAGUUUUCAUUAUCUAGAGAUUCAACUGGGUAUUCAUCAUCAGCUCUGGCAUCUACAUUAACACAAACAUUAAGUUCGUCAAGCACAGAUUCACGAAGUGGCAGAAAAAGCAAAAACAACAACAAAUCCUCAAGUCAGCAGUCGUCAUCAUCUUCCUCUUCAUCCUCUCUGUCGUCAUGUUCUUCCUCAUCUGCACUGGCACAAGAAUUGUCCCAGCAAACAGCAGUAAUACCAGAGUCUGAUUCCAAUAGCCAGGUUGACUGGACCUAUGAUCCAAAUGAGCCACGUUACUGCAUCUGUAAUCAGGUGUCCUAUGGUGAGAUGGUUGGCUGUGAUAACCAAGAUUGUCCCAUUGAAUGGUUCCAUUAUGGAUGUGUUGGACUGACAGAAGCACCAAAAGGGAAAUGGUACUGUCCACAGUGUACAGCUGCAAUGAAGAGGAGAGGCAGCAGACAUAAAUAAAUAUCUUCAUCUGGAAAACAAAUUGCUUACUAAAGGUUUUAUGGGGGACUUACGUGGGGGGAGAAACCCCCACCACACUUCCUCGCAACCACUUAAAGAAGGGUUAACAUAGCAGUCAUAAGAUCUUGAGCUAUUGGUUGGUUUUGCUGGUCGUGUUUUAAUAUUGUAUGUAAGCUGUGUAUGCACAUUGAUGUGCUGCAGAUACUAUUCCAGCAAGCCUUGGAUUGUUCCAGUGGCCAACAUAUGCAGAUAUUUGUACUAUCAAACCAUUUUCUCUAAGCAGUGGGCAUUCUACAAUUAUUCAGUCUUCAGAAAAUUCUGAUAAGUCAAGAUUUUAAAUGUAUGUUUUAUAUUCAACAGAUAUAUUCUGCUGCAUGUACUGUAUUCAAGAGCUGUUAUGUAACACUAUGUAUAUAAAUGGUGCAAAAAGUCAGUGCUUCUUAAAAAAAAAUGAUUUUUAAAAUGCCUUUAUAGCUUUGGUUCUUUAUGAAAAUUAAUUCAGCAGGCUGAAGAAAAUGGUUCUUGUAUACAGCGGGCUGUUGUCCUCUAGGGUACUUGAGUAUGUAAAAACAAAAAAAAAAGCUGUAGAAUAAAACAAACUUGUGCCAUUAGUCUAUGUUUCUGCUCCAGACAAGGUGCAGACCAUAAGAAAGAAAAAGGUGUUAAAGUGAUGAUAAAUUUUUAUACCAAAUGUGUUUAUUUUUUUGUGCAAGUAAUCCUUUAAAUUUGAAUUGUAUUAGGUGUUAAAAUAAAACAACCUCAACUCCUU